AUGGCAGAGCUGAAAGAGCCGGCGCAUUCCAACCUCUGGUCCAACUAUGGGAGUCCCGUCCAAAUGUCUCGAUUCAACAACAGCCUGGAUUCCGGCCUCGGAGGCCACUCGUCCAGCUCACCACACGCGGGACGCCCGAGAAGCACCCACCCCAGCGUAGACCACGGGUCCUAUCCCUAUGGUCGCUAUCCUCAGGACGAGUCGGACGCCUACGACAGACACUCGCACCCCAGCUUGACUUCCCACCACAGCUUCCCCAACCUCAAGAGACCCUACUCGCAGACCGAGCAGCCUCCGUACCAGGAGAUUGUCCAGGAUCUGAGGGACGAUGGCUCCAAGCUGACCGUCAACCACGACCACAAGCUGCUCUCGUUCAAGAGGGUCCAAGACAAGCACACCAUCGUCGACCAACAUGGCCGGAUGCAGCAGCUGGAGCUUUCCGCGCAGCUGCACGGAAUGUUCUUCCUGUCUGAGAUGCCCUCCAACUCCACCGACGGCUCCAUUCUCCAACCCGAGUUGACGUGCUACCGACGAAACCUCUUCCAGAUCAGCGGUUCGUUGAUCACCCCGCGAGGUCAGCUCUCCGUCAUCACCGAGACUGGAGAGACGGCGCCCGUAAGCAACACCGAAGUAACCAUCUCCGCGAUCGAGUCGGUCGACGGACACCCCGUCCGGCUCAUCGUCAUCCCGUGGAAGACACCCCCACCCAACUCCCCGGAGCUCACCCAGAACCCGGACCAGGAGCCGGCAUCGCUGCCCCUGAUUCCUUUCCAAGACGACGGCUCCGAGACUGAGGGAGACUACGCCGUGUACCCCAUCGGUUGGCGCCGGUUGCAGUUUAGAAUCGCAACGGCGAACAACGGCCGUCGGAAGGAGCUGCAGCAACACUUCGUGCUCCACCUCAAGGUAGUUGGAACUUUGGCCAACGGUAGCAAGGUCGUGCUUACCGAGGCGACAACUGCGCCUAUCGUGGUGCGUGGCCGUAGCCCUCGCAACUUCCAAGCCAGAAAGGAGAUCCCUUUGCUGGGGUCCAGUGCCGGCUCAAGAGGCCAGGCGCUGGUAGAGACAGGACUGGGCAUUGUGGCGGGGCCGUUGGCAAUCAAGCCGCAGGAUGCCAAAGCAAGGGGACUGGAUAUGCAGAUGCCCCGUUCUGCCUUCACGUUUAGUGCAGGAGGUCCGAAGAUGCCAGGUGCGCCGAUGGGAGCCAUGAGAUCCAACUCUUAUCCCAACUGGUCUUCCUCGAACCCCGUUUCCAUAUCUCAGCUACCGCCGGCCGGCUCAGGAAGCUACCCAGCCACCACAAUGGGAGCAGAGCCAUACCACAAACUCCCGCUGUCGGGCGGAUCAAGCUUCGGCGCAGAGCCCCAAGACAUGCCGCUACAAACAUCGAUGCCAUCGAUGCAGCUGUCGUUGGCAGCAAACGAACAACCUCCCAUCAGGACCCAGUACGCCUACGUGCAGAGCACGACUGGCCCGCCGCCAGUGUCGGUGUCGGCCACCGCGAUGGCACCAAGCUCGGACAACGCCCUCAGCGUGCCGAGAUACGUUGACAACCCCCGGCCGACCAAGAGCCCCAGGCAUGCCAGCCAGCCAUCGAUCGGGCCCAUGUCACACCACGAGGCCUCUCCUGAAUACCGAUAUGGUUCCUCGUACGGCGCUGUGGGCAACAACCCCAGCGACAUUGCGCCGCCAGCCUACAAGACCGAGGCACCCUCGUCGCACUCUGGCCCCGCCCGAGACUACUACCCGCCUUCGAGUUCGUGGACAACAACAGCCGGCGAGCCUGCGUCAACGGUUGCGUACAGCAGCAGCGAGGGGCGACCAUACGGUUUCCCCGACCAUUACUCGAGCGCAGGCCCUGCACCGACGCCGAAACAUGAGCACGGCCCUGCUCCGCCAGCCCCCGGGUCGUACAGCAGCGCCCACCGGGGCUCCUUUGAUGGCAUGAACCAUUACUCCUGGAAUGCUAAUUAG